AUGCCACACACUGUCUCUCCUUCUGAGACCCCCGCCAUGCCGACCGUUGUCGCCAAGUCCCCCUCCGGGUCUUCCCAAGUCUCCCUCGAUGGCGCAUAUGCCGUCGCCAACCUCCUCAUUCAGAGUGUCGGCACUGCCGGUCUCCUCAACUACAAUGUCGUCGCUGAGGCCCGCAAGGCCGCUGCCGAUAAGAAGAACGGCGCCAAGCGCGAGAGUGCCAUGUUGAUCAUCGGUGCCCUCUUUGAGCGCUUCCCCCGCGAGUUCCCUCUCAGUGAAGCUGUUUUCCUUCUCCAAGAUCAGGCUCUUCUGAACGUCGUCUUGGAUUCCUUGGCCGACAAGGGCGCCGUCGUCCGCGACGCCGCUCAAUACGCCGUGGAUGCUCUCUACGCCUGCCUCAGCCCCGAGGCCAAGGUCAACGCCUUGGUCCCAGCUCUUGAGAACUACCUGAGCAAGGGCAGCGGUAAAUGGCAAGGUUUCGUCGGUGGCUAUUCUCUCCUUGAGAAGAUGGCUGUCGGCGCCCAAAUGGGCACUGGUUCCCUGGAGGAGGAGCGCGAGAAGGAUGUUCUCCGCGAGGCUCUCGGCAAGACUCUGAAGGAGCUGAUCCCCAUCGUCGAGAACGGCAUGCACGACUUGAAGAGCGAGGUGGCCAAGCAGUCAAGCAAGUCGAUGAAUGCUCUCACCACUCUGCUCUCCAACGACGAUGUCGCUCCUCGUAUUCCCCUGCUCAUCCAGACCAUGGAGCAGCCGUCGGCCAAGACUCUCCAGAAGGCCAUCCACGCUCUCUCCCAGACCACCUUCGUCGCUAUUGUUACCUCCCCCGUGCUCGCCCUCCUCACUCCUCUGCUCGAGCGAUCCCUCAACGACCCCACCACUCCCCAAGAAACUCUCCGCCAGACCGUUGUUGUCGUCGAGAACUUGACCAAGCUGGUCCACGACCCCGCUGAGGCCCGUACUUUCCUGCCCAAGCUGCAGCCUGGUGUGAAGAAUGUCGUGAACCGUGCCUCUCUCCCCGAGGUCCGUGAACUGGCUACCCGUGCUCUCGAUGUCAUGGACAAGGCCAUGGCCGAUAAGGAUGUUGCCUCCGGCUCCAUCACCAAGACUACUCCCGAGGAGGUCCUCGCUGUCCUGAACCCCAAGAUCCAGGAGCACGGUGGUUUCAUCGGCUUCGGCGAUGCCAAGUUCCACGACCUCACCAAGAACUUCGUCGCUGGUAUGGUCCGUGAGGCUGUCAACGCCCGCACGCUUGACCGCAUCCCCUCCAACAUUACCCCCUACCUCCGUGGCCUGCUUGCCGAAGACAGCAUUGAGGCCAUUUCCACUGCUGUCCAGGCUCACUUCACCGAGGAGGAUGAGCGUAAGUUUGGCAAGCCUGUCCAGGCCGACCCCAAUGAGAUUGUCAUCGUCAACGCCAACUUCUCCCUGGCCUACGGUGGUAUGCUCCUGCUCUCUCACACCAACCUGCGUCUUGUCAAGGGCCACCGUUACGUAUCGCCAACGACAAGCUGGAGGGUUUCCCUCCCCCCCGAGGAGGUCCGCACCUGCUUCGUCGAGCACAACCAGGGUGAGGAUGCUGAUCUCAGCAUCCUGGAGUAUGUUGCCAAGGACCCCGCCGUUGCUGGCGAGGGCAAGGAGCACAUUAGCAGCGUCUUGACCGAGUUCGGUUUCACCGAUGGCCCCGAGGGCCGUCAGUCCCAGCCUGUCGGCUCUCUCUCUGGUGGUUGGAAGAUGAAGCUCGCUCUGGCCCGUGCCAUGCUUCUCAAGGCCGAUGUCCUGCUUCUUGACGAACCUACUAACCACUUGGAUGUUGCGAACGUUAAGUGGCUGCAAGAGUACCUGAAGAGACACACCGACAUUACCAGUUUGAUCGUUUCUCACGACUCCGGUUUCCUCGACGAGGUCUGCACCGACAUCUACCACUACGAGCAGAAGAAGCUGGUCAACUACCCCGGUAACCUUGCCGACUUCGUCAAGGUCAACCCUGAGGGCAAGAGCUACUACACUCUUUCUGCCUCCACCGUGCAGUUCAAGUUCCCCCCCUCCUGCAACUGCUCUUACACCUAUCCCGGAGCCCCCAAGCCUUCUCUCCAGGAUGCCUCUCUCUCCCUGACCCUUUCGUCCCGUGUCGCCAUCAUUGGUGGUAAUGGUGCCGGAAAGUCUACCUUCAUCAAGAUGUUGACUGGUGAGACCAUUCCCCAGGGCGGCAAGGUCGAGAAGCACCCCAACCUGCGUAUUGGUUACAUCAAGCAGCACGCUCUGGAGCACGUUGAGAUGCAUCUCGAGAAGACCCCCAGCCAGUACAUCAUGUGGCGUUACGCCAACGGUGACGAUCGCGAGGUGUUCCUGAAGCAGACUCGCAUCUUGACCGAGGAGGACAAGAAGCAGCUGGAGACCCCCAUUGAUCUUGGCGAUGGCCGUGGCCCCCGCCGCAUCGAUACCCUGAUCGGUCGUCAAAAGUACAAGAAGACCUUCCAGUACGAGGUCAAGUGGGUUGGCCUGCUCCCUAAGUACAACACCAUGAUCUCCCGUGAGACCCUGAUUGCCCGCGGCUUCACCAAGAUGGUGCAGGAGUUCGACGAUCACGAGGCUUCCCGCGAGGGUCUGGGUUACCGUAUUCUCGACCCCAAGACCAUCUCCAAGCACUUCGAGGACGUCGGUCUGGACCCCGAGAUUGCCAACCACAACGAGAUCUCCGGUCUCUCCGGUGGUCAGAAGGUCAAGGUCGUCCUUGCUGGUGCCAUGUGGAACAACCCCCACUUGCUGGUCCUUGACGAGCCUACUAACUUCUUGGACCGCGACUCGCUCGGUGGUCUCGCCGUCGCUAUCCGUGACUUCAAGGGUGGUGUCGUGAUGAUUUCUCACAACGAGGAGUUCGUCGGUGCCCUCUGCCCCGAGCAGCUGCACAUUGCCGAUGGCCGCGUCGUCAGCCGCACCAACACCGCCAUCAGCCUCGACCGCUUCGAGGACAGCGCUGCCAACUCUCCCUCCGCCCCCGGUACCCCCGCCGGUGUCUCUGCCGCCGCCUCAGCUGCCACCAGCGCUGCCGCUUCGGCCGUCAACUCUGGCGCCGAGGAUACUGGAGACCUCAAGUUCCGCGCCAAGAAGAAGAAGAAGAUGACCCGCGCUCAGCAGAAGGAUCGCGAGGUCCGCCGUCGUCUCCGUCACAUUGAAUGGCUCAACUCUCCCAAGGGUACCCCCAAGCCCGUCGACACCGACGACGAGGAGUAA